CCGCCACCCUAUCCUUCUCUCAAUCUCACACCAUUGAUCCGACAUCUACUCCUCGAAGAACUACACAGAGAAACGCGCCGAUUCUCGACCCAACUUCCGAGGACAUACCCCACCCGUAAAGAGUCCACAAACACACGUCAAGAUGGCGCAGGACAGCGAGAAGCCUACCGCUGCCGACAAGGGCAAGGGAAAGGCCGUAGAGGACAGCAAGAACGAGAAGUCUCAGGUCAACGGCAAGAAGGAGGAUGAGAAGAUUGUCGACUCUGCGGAGGAGCUUAGCGAAGAGGACCAACAGCUGAAGAACGAGCUGGAUAUGCUCGUCGAGCGCCUGACGGAAUCCGAUGCCUCUCUCUACAAGCCGGCCCUUGAGGCCAUGAAGAACUUCAUCAAGACGUCAACCUCGUCAAUGACGGCCGUGCCUAAACCGCUGAAGUUCCUGAGACCACACUACGAGACGAUGACAAAACUGUUCGAGGACUGGCCGAAGGGAGACAACAAGACGUCACUCGCAGAUGUUUUGUCAGUGAUUGGUAUGACGUAUUCCGACGAGGACCGACAAGACACCCUUAAGUACCGCCUGCUUGCACCGUCAUCCGACAUUGGAUCAUGGGGCCACGAGUACACCCGGCAUCUGGCUUUGGAGAUUGGCGAGGUGUACGGGAAGAGGAUAAACGCCGACGAGCCGACGAAGGACCUGGUCGACCUUGCCUUGAUUCUUAUCCCGCUCUUCUUGCAAAGCAAUGCCGAGGCAGACGCUGUGGACCUGAUGAGCGAGCUCGAGAUCAUCGACCAGAUCCCCAAUCACCUCGACAAGGACACGUACGGCCGCGUCUGCCUUUACAUGGUCAGCAUGGUCAAUCUACUGACUUACCCCGACAACGAGCUAUUCCUCAAGACCGCUCACGACAUCUACUUGACAUACAAGGAGUACGCUCUGGCAAUGACCCUUGCCAUUCGCCUCAACGACGUCGACCUCAUCAAGGCCGACUUCGAGAAGGCCGAAGACCCCGCCUUGAAGAAGCAGCUGGCUUUCCUCAUCGCACGGCAACGCAUUGUCUUGGACCUCCCCGCAGAGGACGCAGACGCCCAGGCAGUUGUGGAGUGUCUGUCGAACCUCAAGCUGUCCGACCACUUCAAGUCGCUGGGCAAGGAGCUCAACAUUCUGGACCCCAAGUCCACAGAAGAUAUCUACAAGAGCCACCUCGAAAGCAGCCGCGUUGCUGGCAUGACCAACCUCGAUUCUGCCCGUCACAACCUGGCUGCCGCUUUCGUCAACGCCUUCGUGAACGCCGGCUUCGGCAACGACAAGAUGAUGCUGGUUGAGCAGGACAAGGAAAGCUGGGUGUGGAAGACCAAAGGCGACGGCAUGAUGUCGACUGUGGCCUCCCUGGGUACUCUGUUGUUGUGGGAUGUCGAGGCUGGCUUGGACAAGAUCGACAAGUACACCUACGCUGCUGAGCCCGAGAUCUUGGCUGGCUCGAUGCUUGCCAUUGGUAUCAUGAACUCAGGAGCACGUGUUGACUCUGAGCCCGCUCUGGCAUUGUUGGGUGACGAGGACAAGCUGCACCACAAGAACCCUCUUGUCCGGACCGCCAGCAUCAUGGGUCUGGGUCUCUCCUACGCAGGCUCAAACAACGAGCUCCUCCUCGAGCUCCUUUUGCCCAUCAUCACUGACUCGUCCCAGGAGAUGCAAAUUUCAGCCAUGGCUGCCUUGUCCUGCGGUCUGAUCUUUGUCGGCUCCUCCAACCCUGAAAUCAGCGAGGCUAUCGUUACGACAUUGCUUGACGACGACCGCAAGAACCAGCUCACAGACAAGUGGACUCGUUUCCUGGCACUUGGUCUCGGACUGCUCUUCUUUGGCCGUCAAGAAGAGGUUGACGUCAUCCUUGAGACCCUCAAGGCCGUUGACCACCCGAUGGCGAAGCCGACGGCUGUGCUGGCCGAGAUCUGCGCUUGGGCAGGCACCGGUGCCGUUCUGAAGAUUCAAGAGUUGUUGCACAUCUGCAAUGAGCACAUUGAGGAUUCGGACGAGAAGAAGGGCGACGAGCUUCUCCAGUCAUACGCAGUGAUCGGUAUCGCACUCGUUGCCAUGGGCGAGGAUGUAGGCCAGGAGAUGGUUCUCCGGCAGUUCGGCCACCUCAUGCACUACGGCGAGCCCAACAUUAGGAGAGCAGUCCCUUUGGCCAUGGGUCUGAUCAGCCCCAGCAACCCUCAGAUGAAGGUCUACGACACACUCUCCAGAUACUCUCACGACAACGACAACGAUGUGGCUAUCAAUGCCAUUUUCGCCAUGGGUCUCUUGGGUGCGGGUACGAACAAUGCUAGACUGGCUCAGCUGCUCAGACAGCUGGCCAGCUUCUACCACCGCGACCAGGAGUCUCUCUUCAUGGUGCGUAUUGCCCAAGGCCUUUUGCACAUGGGCAAGGGCACUAUGUCGGUCAACCCUUUCCACACUGACCGCAACGUUCUCUCGCGCGUGUCCACUGGUGGCUUGCUCGCUGUUUUGGUCGCCAUGAUCGAUGCCAAGUCUUUCAUCACAUCUAACUCACACUACCUGCUCUACUUCCUGGUAACGGCGAUGCACCCCCGUUUCUUGGUGACGUUGGACGAGGACCUCAAGCCGUUGAAGGUCAACGUCCGCGUUGGUCAGGCAGUGGAUGUCGUCGGCCAGGCGGGUCGGCCUAAGACUAUCACCGGCUGGCAAACACAGAGCACGCCGGUCGUCUUGGCGUACGGCGAGCGUGCAGAGCUUGAGGACGAGCAGUACAUCAGCUUGAACAGUACACUAGAGGGAUUGGUGAUUCUCAAGAAGAACCCCGACUGGGUAGAGGAGAAAUAGAUGAUUUCAGGGUGUUACGGGGACCUGGGGUCGUAGGUCCAGGCUUGGGACUGGGACACGAUACACUGUAUAGUAAUCUUACGUCUGUGAGUGGCAUUCGGAAUGUCAUCAGACAGAUGAGAUCCCACAUGAAUAGACGGAUCAGCUACUGCAAUGAAGAGGCGUUUUCACGUUU